CUUUACGCUGGACUUGGUCCCAAUGUGGUCGAGUCUGCGCUCUCCAGCGGCGUUUACUUCUUCUUCUACAGCAAGCUGCGGGAACAAGCCGUCGCCUGGUCGAAGCGUGGCAACAGCGUUGCCGGCGCUGAGAGCCGCAGCAAGGACAUUGGCGUCUUGGCGUCCUUGCUGGUGGCCACCAUAGCUGGCGCUUGUAACCAGCUGAUCACGAUGCCGGCAUCUGUGGUGGCGACGCGCAUGCAGGUAAGUCUGGGCCCAGGCAAACAAGAACCGGAAUGUGUUAUGGAUUGUCUCCUGGCGGGUGUCAACUCGAAGCGGCGGCCGCCGUCCACCAGGGAAACCAUCAACUCGGUGUUCAAGGAGGGCGGCCUGGGGGCAUUUUGGAAGGGUCUGCUGCCCAGCAUGAUUCUGUUGGCCAACCCCGCAGUGCAGUACAUGCUGUUUGAGAAGAUCAAGGCGAUACUCAAGCUCCGUACCGCUGCUGGUGCUACAUCCGUUGAGUUGUCUGCUGGUGAAGUUUUCUUAGCCGGCGCCCUCGCCAAGAUUGGCGCGACGGUAGUGACAUACCCGCUGAUCGUGAUCAAGGCACGGCUGCAGGCGUCGUCAUCGGCGUCGGUCGGUAAGGGUCAUGGUGGCGCGGCGGCGUACCGCGCCACAACAUGGGGUGUCAUGGUUGACACAGCCCGCAACGAGGGCCUGGGCGGAUUCUUCAAGGGCCUGCGUGCCAAGAUCCUGCAGACAGCACUCAACGCUGCACUGAUGCUCAUGCUGAAGGAACAGCUGCACGAGGUAACGAAGAGGGAGCUGACGCGCCUGGCGCCGGCGCCACCUUCCGUGCCAGCGGCGGCGGCUGUGGUCAGGGCUCCAUCUGCUGCCGGUUAA